AUGUUACUACUAGAUAUACUAUCAAUCGGUUGGCAAAUUAUUAUUCAGACUGGUACAAAUGGUUUGGGAGAAGAUUACACCAACGGCGACAAUGAUGGGAAGAAACCUGAUCCAAUUCAUUCAGUUGGUCCACAAAGGGUUUUCACAACACAAUUAGUCUUAACUUUAAUAGCUGGGAUGUUUUCAUUUUUAUUGUUUUGUAUGUUAAGAUUCAAAUGGCCCCAUAUAUAUGCUGUUAGAACAUUGAGACAACCACGAAAUAAUCUGCAUAUUUUGCGACCUUUGCCUAAUAAUUUAUUUGGAUGGAUCAAAGUAGUUUAUAAAAUAACUGAUGAAGAAAUUAUAGCUUGUUCAGGGCUAGAUACUUUUGUAUAUUUGAGGUUUUUCAAAAUGGGGAUCAAGAUUUUUUUAAUCUUAUCAAUACUGGCAAUAUUUGUCCUAAGUCCAAUACGAUAUUAUUUCACAGGUAAUUAUGAUAAAGAGAAUAUAAUGACAAAACCAAAUCAACCACCAGAUAUCAAUUAUGAUUUCCCCAGUUUCUAUUGGGUGUAUCCUAUUUUCACCUAUGUGUUUUCAAUUGUUGUGUUUUAUUACUUGUUUGAAUUUACUACCACCAUUUUGCGAACAAGACAAAAAUAUCUUGCUUCACAAAGUUCCAUUACUGAUAGGACAAUUAAAUUGGAUGGAAUUCCUAAAAGAUUACUACAACGAGAAAAAUUAAAGAAAUUUAUUGAAGAUUUAGGUAUUGGGAAAGUACUUGAUGUCAAAUUGAUUUACAAUUGGACCCCCUUGGAAGACUUGUUACACAAAAGACAAGAGUUGAUGAAUAAUUUGGAAUGUAUAUAUACGUCAAUGUACAAAAUGGACAUUGAUAUUUACAAUCAACAUGAAGUCCCGGCAGUCAAUCCAAUUUGGUCUGAACCAUUAGACAAACCACAGUUGAAUGAAUUAGCUAAUAAAUACACCCAGGAAUUAAUUGAACUUGAUGGCGAGAUUAAACACAUGCAAGGUAAAUUUGACAGUGAUUUGUCCACUAUAGAUGUUAAAGAGAAUCGAGAAUUUAAGCAAGUGCCUUCAGCAUUUAUCACCAUGGAUUCAGUGGCAUCAGCUCAAAUGGCAGCUCAAACCAUUUUGGAUCCUCGUGUAUAUAAAUUAAUUGCCAGUUUAGCCCCUGCUCCUAAAGAUAUCAUAUGGGAGAAUUUGAAAUUGACUUAUUUUGAAAGGAAAAUCAAAUCAUAUUUUAUAACCCUUGUGAUUGUUUUGAGUUAUGGGUUCAUUAUAUUUUUGGUUAUUCCAUUGACAUCUUUGCUUGAUUUGAAAACUAUCAGUAAGUUCUGGCCAGCAUUAGGGGAAUUCAUAGGUCAAUCCAAAUGGUUAACUACAUUUGUAACUGGUAUCUUGCCACCAUUAUUGUUUACACUUUUGAAUUUUCUGUUCCCAUAUUUCUAUCAAUAUUUGUCUCAAUUACAAGGUUACACAUCUAACAGCGACGUUGAGUUAUCUACAUUACUGAAAAAUUUCUUCUUUAUAUUUUUUAACUUGUUUUUGAUUUAUGUUGCUGCAGGGACUUUUUGGGAUUAUAUGUCAUAUAUUAGCGAUACGACAAAGAUUGCUGUGCAAUUAGCUACGUCGUUAAGAAGAAUGGCAUUGUUCUAUGUUGAUUUAAUUUUAUUACAAGGGUUAACCAUGUUCCCUGUUAAACUAUUACAAGUGAGUGAUUUUUUCUUAUUGAAUGUCUUGGGCAAAUUGUUUUAUUUUAAAAGAUUGAUAUUGAAAACACCAAGAGAUUAUCGUUCUUACUAUUUCACUCCACAAAUAUUUGACUUUGGUAUCAAUUUGCCACAACACAUUCUUAUAUUUAUGAUUAUUUUGAUAUAUUCAGUGGUGUCCACGAAAAUUGUCACUUGUGGAUUGAUUUAUUUUAUCUUGGGGUUAUUUGUUUAUAAAUAUCAAUUGGUCUACAAUUUUGUUCAUCCACCUCAUUCUACGGGUAAAGUCUGGCCAAUGAUUUUCCGAAGAGUGAUUUUAGGGUUAAUUAUUUUCCAGUUGUUUAUGUGUGGAACAUUAGCUCUAGAGAGUGCCAUAUUGUUGUCGAUUUUAUGUACACCAUUGAUAUUUAUAACAAUGAUUAUUCUAUGGAAUUUUGAAAAAUAUUAUGUGCCAUUGAAUACAUUUAUUGCCUUACGAGCUAUUUUGAAUCCAUAUGAUUUUGAAAAAGUUUUCGAUCAAGAUGAUCAACUGUUUAGUAGCACUAGCAAUGCCAACAGUAAUGAUGAAUCCGAUACAUCAGCAAUAUUAGAUGACUUGGAUUUGGAUUUAGAUUUGGAGAACGAUCCAAUUGACGAAUCUUCAUGUUUGCUAGAAAAUGGUGGUGAUAAUGGUAAUGGUAACGAUCAUGGCUCUAAUGGCGAGAUUAAUAAUGGAUCCAUAACUAAAUCUAGUAGACAGAAUAAUGGCGAGCCAACUAUUUCAAGAAGAAAAUCAACAUUAGAUGAAGAACGUGAAGAGUUUACUGAUUAUACAUAUCCAGGAUUGAUAGACCCACUAGAUGGUCCAUGGGUUGGAUUUACUGGAAAUUUUGUCAAGAUGAUUGAAUACAAAUCAUUGCGUUUACAACAACAAGCAUUGUUAGAAGAAGGUCGAAAUGUGCGUAACGAAAAUGAAGCUGCUAUUGGCACUACUUUUAUUAAUGAACAAGAAUUGGUUGUUAAUAAAAAAUUAUCAGUUAGUGAAUGGGAAUGA